AUGAAACAAUUGAGUGAUGAAGCUGAGGCCAGAGCAAAAGCAUCUAAGUUUAAAAGUGUGCCUCUUCCAACAUGUGGAUCAGGUAGUGGUUCUUCUUUUGCGUCAAAUUCUUCAUCACUUGUUGAAGAUCCUAGGAAGAAGAAAAGAUGGGUUGAGAGCCCAAUAGAGAAAUUGUAUAAUGCUGCCAGACGUGAAGAAAUGGAUAGCAUAAUUGCAUGGUUUUUUUAUGCAGCUGGCUUGCCAUUCCAUCUUGCUAGGUGUCCAUAUUAUAAAGUUUCAUUUAAUUUGGCUACAUCAGAUAGUAAAAGAAUUCAAGGUUAUAUUCCGCUGGGUUAUAAUAAACUAAGAACAACUCUUUUACGGAAGGAAAGAGAACAUGUUGAGAAAGAGCUAGAACCAAUUAAGAGCACUUGGAAAGAAAAAGGUGUGAGUAUUGUGACCGAUGGAUGGACCGACGAACAACGAAGACCCCUCAUGAACUUUAUGGCUGUUUCAGAGGCUGGUGAAAUGUUUAUUAAAGCAGUCAACACUCAAGGGUCAGUGAAGAACAAAGAGUACAUUUCUAAGUUGAUCAUUAAGACAAUUACGGAAGUUAGGCAUCAGAAUAUCGUGCAAGUAAUCACGGACAAUGCACCAGUUUGUAAGAGUGCAGGGCUACUUGUAGAAGAGACGCGUUUUGCCUCUAGUAUUAUAAUGCUUCAAAGAUUUAAAGAUGUGAAGCAAGGACUCCGUAACUUGGUAAUUUGCAAUCAAUGGUCAUCAUAUAAAGAUGAUGAUCCUAAUCAAGCAUUGUUUAUAAAAGAGAAGUUGUUGGAUGAUGAUUGGUGGAACACUUUGCAGUAUGUUAUUGAUUUUACAAAACCUAUCAUAGAAAUGCUUAGAUUAUGCGACACAGACGAGCCUUGUCUUCACUUGGUUUAUGAAAGGUAUUAUAGUCGUCAGUGGCUUGAUGAACGUCCAGGGCGUGUUCCACCACAUAGAGAUCUUUUGAUUGCAGGUCAAAGAUUGAAGUGUUUCGAGAGGUAUUACGAUGCGGAUGAGUUAAGAGAAGUUAACAUUGAGUAUGCUAAGUUUUCAUCUUGCCGUGAAGAAUUUGCAAAUGCAAAUACCAUAAAUGAUAGAUGGAGUAUGAAUCCUUAUGUGUGGUGGGUUACUUAUGGGGUGUAUGCUCCUUUACUUCAUCAAAAAACACUCAUGUUGCUUGGCCAACCUUGUUCAUCUUCUUGUAGUGAGAGAAACUGGAGUACGUAUAGUUUCAUAAAUUCUGUGAAGAGAAAUAAAAUUACUCCACAAAGAGGUGAAGAUUUGGUAUUUGUUCAUACUAAUCUUCGUCUCUUAUCAAGACGAAGCCCAGAAUACUUGCUAGGGGAUACAAGAAUGUGGGACAUUGGAGGUGAUUCUUUUGAUAUUAUGGAGGGUACUGUUGGUGUACUUGAAGUUGCUGAUCUUUCUCUUAAUGAGCCAGAGAUGGAACGCAUGAUAUUGGAUGAUAAUGAAGCUAAUGUGGAGGAGCUAUACCCCCUGGUUUGA